CCUUCCUGCAAGCGGGGGCGGGGUUUGCUUUCUGCUAUUGCAAACGCUGCAUUGUUCUCUUCCACGGGGAUCUGGAUUUGCUAGAGCUUCUCAUUCAGACUGACAGAACUUGGCAGAAGACCAAAGGGUUCCUUCCGAUCUCUCAGAGGCUUCCUGAGAGCACAGAUGGAUGAGCAAGACACAGCUGGCCCUGAAGCAGGAAGAGGCCAUGCAAUCCAAACUGGGAGCAGUGGGGGAUUCUGGGAAAACUCUGUGCAGAAGAUCCUGGGUGAGGAGGACGCCCUCUGCUCAGAGGUGCAGAGCCAGCAAUUCAGGCAGUUCUGCUUCCAGGAGGCCAAAGGACCCCGAGAGGUUUGCAGCCGACUCUACCACCUUUGCCAUCAGUGGCUGAAGCCAGAAAAGCACACAAAAGCUGAGAUGCUGGACCUGGUGAUCUUGGAGCAGUUCCUGGCUGUCCUUCCACCAGAGAUGGAGAGCUGGGUUAGGGACUGUGGAGCGGAGACCAGUUCGCAGGCGGUGUCGCUGGCCGAAGGUUUCCUCCUGAGUCAGGCAGAGGAGAGAAAGCAGAAAAAGGAUCAUUUUGCAGAAAUGGACCUGGAUUCCUUUGAGGCAGAUGAAAGAAUGAAGCCAACAAGACCUCCAGUGGCUGAAGCUGAAGGGGAAACAUCUGACAACGGAGGAGCAAAGGCAGGCUGCACACUGGCGCACUGUUCAGUCGCUUGCCAGAAACCCCAGAGAGGAGGGGACUUGGAAAGCUGUGGGGAGCCAGGGGCCUUCACUCUCGGCAACUGA